AGUCUAUUUAGAACCAGCCGUUGCGUAGCAAUAAUGAAUUUCUCCUAUGGCUGCUUGACGUUGCUGUCAUUGGUUUUCAUCGCUGAUCUGGGCAGCGGCAGUCGCUCGUUUACUGUGGACUAUGAAAAUGAUAGAUUUCUGAAGGAUGGGCGACCAUUUCGUUUCAUUGCUGGAUCCUUUCACUACUUUCGAGCCCACCCCGACACCUGGUCACGCCACUUGAGAACUAUGCGUGCGGCGGGUCUGAAUGCGGUUACUACUUACGUGGAAUGGUCGUUGCACAAUCCGCGCGAUGGCGUCUACGUCUGGACGGGCAUUGCGGAUCUGGAGCGCUUUAUACGUCUGGCUGUGGACGAGGAUCUGCUGGUGAUACUUCGCCCCGGACCCUACAUCUGUGCCGAGCGCGACAUGGGCGGCUUUCCCUACUGGCUGCUCAACAAGUUCCCUGGCAUUCAGCUUCGCACAGCUGACAUCAAUUACUUGAGCGAGGUGCGCAUAUGGUACAGUCAGCUAAUGGCACGCAUAGGCCCCUAUCUGUACGGCAACGGCGGACCCAUUAUCAUGGUGCAGGUGGAGAACGAGUACGGCUCGUACUUUGCCUGCGAUGCCAACUAUCGCAACUGGCUGCGAGAUGAGACACAGAACCACGUUAAAGACAGCGCCGUGCUAUUCACCAAUGACGGACCCGGGGUUCUUCGCUGUGGAAAAAUACAGGGAGUUUUGGCCACAAUGGACUUUGGAGCCACGUCGAACCUGAAAGACGUCUGGGCCAAGCUGCGACAGUACCAGCCCAAGGGUCCGCUAGUAAAUGCCGAGUACUAUCCCGGCUGGCUGACCCACUGGACGGAACCAAUGGCCAAUGUGAGCACCUCAGCAAUCACUGGAACUUUCAUAGACAUGCUUGAUAGCGGAGCCAGCGUCAAUUUCUACAUGUUUUAUGGUGGAACCAACUUUGGAUUCACGGCAGGCGCCAACGACAAUGGACCGGGUAACUACAUAGCCGACAUCACCAGCUAUGACUACGAUGCGCCGAUGACGGAGGCUGGCGACCCCACGCCCAAGUACAUGGCCUUACGUCAAAUUAUUGGCAGGUACUUGCCGCUGCCGGAUACGCCAGUGCCAACGCCGGUGCCGAAGCGGGCGUACGGGACGGUCCGGCUGCUCAGUUGCUGCACGCUGUUCUCCGACGAGGGUCGGGAGAAGCUGAGCACGGGCGUUGUGCGGUCGGCGAAGCCGAAAACCUUUGAGGCCCUGAACCAAUACUCCGGCCUGGUGCUGUAUGAGAGCUGGUUGCCGUCGCAGUUUAAGCGGGAUCCGAGUAUUCUGCACGCUCGUGGCUUGGCGGAUCGGGGCUACGUCUAUGUGGACAAUGAAUUUGUCGGAAUACUGGCACGGGAAGCACCUAUCUUCGAUCUGCCACUUAGUCCCAGCAUGGGCAGAAAAUUACAGAUUCUGGUUGAGAAUCAGGGACGGCUCAACUUCGGUAGACAGCUGAACGAUUUCAAGGGCCUAACCAAGGACGUGCGCCUGGACAAACAGAUCCUAAUCAACUGGAAUAUGACCAAGUAUCCGCUGGAGUCCUACGAAGACUUGGAGACGCUCGUUGUCCAGUCCACCGCAGCGGCGCAAGCUGGCUUCAAAGAGAUCAAGCAACUGAAAACGAUUCUACGCAACGGUCCGGCUAUCUAUUACGGUACAUUGACCAUCAACAGCGCCGACGAUCUGGCGGACACAUACCUAGACAUGUCCGGCUGGGGCAAAGGUAUUGUCUUCGUGAACGGCGAAAAUCUGGGUCGCUAUUGGCCCCUGGUGGGCCCACAGAUAACCCUAUAUGUGCCAGCCCCGGUGCUGAGGGUGGGCAGCAACCGUUUGAUCCUAGUGGAAUACCAACAGGCACCGACCGUUAUGGAAGUGCAGUUCCGAGAUACGCCCAUCCUGAACAGCAGAAGGUCGAAUUAGCUUAGGCACUACUACUACAACACCGUAUAUCAUGUAAAUCGUUUUAAAUUAAGUUUUGUUUUGUAAGGCAUUAAAAUCUGGUAAUGGCUCGCUCCUUUAUCCUUUUGUAAGCCUGCCGCUAAAAGAGUCAUUACCGAAGCAUCAUCAACACAACAAAAACAGUUAAGGGAAGCACGCAUGUGACCUUUGUAUGUAUGUCACCUUUCCAAAUUAAUCCCAAAUGAUUGAAGUCCCCAACAGCACA